CGUGAAGUCUAGCGGUAAACACGUGUGCACGCGCUCGCAAACCAUUCAAAAAAGACGACCAACCGCGAUCCUUUAAAACCCAAGAGGACUCGAGUGUUUUCAUACCGUGUUUGUUUCGGUCAGUUCUCUGCAAAAGAACUUAGUGCUGAUUUGAUAGAUUGCUCGAUCGAACUGAUCGAUCACCAGUUGCGGAAAUCAAACCGUGGACGGUGGUGUGUUUUUAUUUUGAUUUCGUCCACAAUCUAUCAGUGCCGCUUGUUGUGUGUGCGUGUGAUUUUAGUUCAAAAUUCGACGCAAACGACGCGAAGUAGCGAAGGCAAUCGUGGGCAAGUCUAGGGGCCGGUUACGAGCUAUAGAUUACACAGCCGUGAUUAAACGUAAUUUAAACUCAUUUUAUGGUCAUCAUAUACGUAUGCUCUAGCAGUGUAUAGAAACUGCGCAAUCUUGAAACCAAACCGGAAAGGAAUUAGGAAAAUAAAGUAAAACAAAAAACAACAGUCCCUAUUUUUUCGAUAGUUUAAACUCCAAGAGCCGUAGAUGGAAGAUUGUCUAAGUGAACCCAAACUAAUCCAAGUACCGUGGUACGAUCUCGUAAAACAACCAAAUCAUUCAAGUCAAGGCAACACAACGGACCGCAGCAACAGAUAAGUUAUUUCGGCGCCUUAAAUUGGAACCCCGGGAAACAUUUUGUUAAUUAAUUAAUACCAACGCUGGAGCGCGUUGUUCUAAUCGACAAUUGGGGCAAAAGCCGGCAAAGUGGAUCACUGCGAGUGAAAGAGAGAGAGCGGUAAAAAAAAAAACGGUCCCCCCAAAAAACGGUGCAACGGUGCUGGCAAGUGGUCAUAAAGACGCAACGAAACAACAAAAUCAUGCUGCAACGAUUUAAAUUGAUUUGAAUGCUGCUAGUGAGACACCACCACACCAGACACAAGUGGUGGCAUGGAGAAAUGGAUUGUAUUUAAUGCCUAAUUUCCGUUAAUCUUACAAUUGCUGCAAACGGCUAAUAUACUUAGCCUUUGCGAACCAUACCAACCAAUUGGUUGUUCCGGUAUGCGAAUUGUUUAUUACGGCUGGAAUCACUUUUGACAAUUGUGACAGUGGACGAGUGGCCUAGUGCGCGCGCCUGACGGAUUUCGCUGCUAGUGCGGUGCAGUUGCGGUAGCUAGUGAGUGUGAGUGAGCUUAUUUUGUGCGCUCAGUAUCAUUCCCCCUUCUGGCGGGCAAUCAAAACAUAACCGUGGAAUGAACGUUUAUUGGCACAAUCACAACAGUUGCCCUGUGCGUUUCACAGCCUCCCGUCAACAGUGAGACGCGUUGGAAAGUUGACAACUGUCAAUUUUAAGUGAAAUCCGUCGUCAUCCCCCAUUCGUAGUGAAUGGUGCCAGGUAGUAAUGCUAUAGUGUUUGAAAAGUGUAUACAAUUGUUGCCAAAAGGGAAGUGUUUGAUUGUGCAGGAUCGUUGUCACUGCAAAAGGUGUGCUUAGAGCGUCGUAUAUCUAAUGCAACCUCAAAAAAGACAACAUGGCAUGAUAACGAAAAUGUCAAAACAGUAGUUGAGUUAUUGCUUUGUUAUCUACAUAGUAGGCUGCAGAAUCUGUAAGAAAGAGAAGAAGGGUGUGUGUGUGCACGUGAUGAACACACUGAUGCGUAUCUGCACAAACUGUCAAACGGUGUCGUCCUGUCUAAGUGAAGCCACUUAUACUAAGCAUUUUAAGAAGAGGCAAUGUGGUUAAAUAAAAUCAACAUAAAGUGAAUGUAAAAUACAAAAACAGUGAAUUCUAACACAUCAUUCAAGUGAAAUCCUGAUUUUGCAUCUUGUGCUACCCGAAAAUGGCGGACGUCGAAUCGCAGAAGAUAUGCGUCAAAGCAAAGUCCAAGAUCACGUUUCCUGUUGCCGUUGACGGGUUGAUAUUGGUGCUAGUCGCCUGUUUUCUGAUACUGACCGAACUGGGUCUGCUGCCACAAGUGGUAAAACGCGGCUUCUACUGCAACGAUCAAUCGAUUCAGCAUAAGUACAAAGGCGAUACGAUAACGACCGUCACCAUACUGCUUAGCGGUCUCGUACCCAUCGUGCUGAUAUGGCUGACGGAAGCAGUCUUCUAUUCGCCAUCGAUCAGUCUGAGCAAAACCGAAACCGAGUCACGGUGCCGUGGUUCGUGGCGGGAAGCCUGGUACUGGUCGAAGAAGUAUGGACGCGGGCUUGUCACCAUGCUAGUUAUCAUCGGUACCAUAAAGAUUUUCUUGGGUGAAUUACGACCGCAUUUUAUGAACACCUGUCAGCCGGACGUGGAAUGCAGAGGCACCGAAUACGUCAGCUCGUACACAUGCACCAACAUUGAGGAAAGUUUGUACUUCGUGCGUGAUGCUAGCAAAUCCUUCCCAUCGGGCCAUUCCGCCAUGUCCGUGUUUGAGGCAAUCUUUCUCAUCUGGUAUCUGGAGAAGCGAGUACCUCGGCUACGGACAGUAUUCACCAUACCGCUGUUCCAGAUGGUUCUCAUGUGCUGGGCCGUAUUUUGUUCAUUAUCGCGCAUUACCGACCAUCGUCAUCAUUGGUGGGACGUACUAGCUGGUACAGUGGCGGGUUGUGCUGCAGCCUUUAUGACGUGCCUGUUCGGAUGUCACAACUUUGACACGACCAAACGGAAACGGAAGAGUUCCCUGUACACCGAUCACGAUCACAAGCUGAUCAAUACUGGCAGCGGAAAUGCAGCUACCAUCGGUACACCGUUGCACAAGGAAGAGAUCAACCUGAACAACGUGAUCCAUGCCUGACCGCCGCGCAAUUGGAGGAGGGCCGCCUUGGGCAAGGAGGGAGCCAUAAUUCCCGCAGCCCGUAUUCCACAGAAACAGUAUUUUGCGCUAUGUAUUGUAUGACGAUUCGUUGCGUUGUCACAUAUGGGAACAUGUUGUUGUCUGUUCCCUGCAGAAUUUAGCCCACUUUUACGCACCAUUGCUAUGGGAAGGUUAGAAGUAAUAUGGGAGCUUUCCAACACCAGGAUCAAGUUUGGAGAAUUCAUACGUCUCGUAUCAUAAAGGUAGAGAACAUUCGCACCCUUUGCUCCUUUGCCGGGCGUCGACGGUAUUGUGAUAUUAUUCAAUAAGUCAGAAACGUAUAUACACCCAAAAACCCACACUCCCGAAAGUCAGCUUAAAAGAAAUAGUCACAAAAAGGGAUUAUAUCUCACAAAACCUUAAACUACCCUUCAAUAGUCGCGUACGGAGUAAUACAUUCAAAUCCGAAACAUGUGCCAAACCGAAAGUCAAUCUGUCGAAGGACAAUAUAAAUGCAAUAGAAUAAAUUAGAUAAAUGAUUAAAUUUUGCAAACAAAUGUAAUAGUGUAACGUAAUACUAAAACACAUACAGAUAGAUUUUGAAAGUCAACUUUUACUAAGAAAGUUUAAAAAAAUAAUAGUCACUAUAAAUCAUACUGGGGGAAGAGGGAGCACGAUGGGCAAGAGGUUUGAUUAUUUUAUUUUAUAAACUUUAAUAAGAGAACUUUAAUAUGUAUUUGUAUUAUUUAUAAACAUUCAGAUGAAACAAACGAGCAUCAAGAACCUUAUCUGUUUCGUUAAUGGAAUUGUAGAAAUAAAUCAGAAAGCUUCAGAUGUUAACAAACAUUUUUAUGAAA